AUGGAACUCAGAUCUCGUCCCCAGCAAGACAAAAAGAUGUGCACAAAAGUGUUUUGGGUGGUGUUUCCUCAUGCCUGCUUCAUCUCUUCUUUAGUGAUCUAUGCUUUUCUGGGGGCUGUCAUGUUUUCUCACAUUGAGGGUAACAGAAAUUGCAAUGAAAAUAAAGACUAUAAGGAUUUUAUGCUGAAUCUGUGGAACCUCUCACAAAAUUUUACAGAAAAUAUGACAGAAAACGAGAAGAUAUUUAAGAAAAGAGUCCAUGACCUGCUUAUCAAAGCUAAGUUGGAAUGGUUUGACGAUCCAAAAGAACGAUGGUCUUUCCUUGGGUCUCUCUUUUUCUGCUGUACUGUGUUCACAACAGUGGGUUAUGGCCAUAGCUACCCCGUAACAAAGGUUGGAAAAUAUCUGUGUAUGCUAUAUGCAUUAUUUGGCAUACCUCUGAUGUUCUUGGUUCUGACAGACCUGGGAGACAUCCUUGCAACUAUCUUAUCCAAGUCUUACAAUAAAUUUAGGAAACUUAAUUCAAAAAUGUUAGCCUCUAAACCAGCUAAACUGUGUUCUGGAUGCAUCUGUAAGAAAAACAAUGAGAUAAAAACUGGAUCAUCAUUGCUUAUGCAACACAAAAUAGUCAUCCAGGAACCUUUAAGUAUCACGGAAGUGCUGAAAAGCCAAUCCUCUGUUAAAAGGAAGUCACUGCAAUACCAGAAUGCUGAAAUAUUUGAAAUGCUAAUUGCAAGAGAAAAUCAAUACCUUAUGCCACCAAAAAUUAACAAAUUUGAAAGAUGGAGUUCAUGUCCCGAACUAGACUCAGGGAAGAUGACCUGUGUCAUCGAAAACUUUGGCAAAGAACUCGAAAAGCUAGAUGUGCCCAUCUUGCUAAUGGCACUAAUUGUCUUUGCAUACAUCUCCUGUGCAGCCGCUAUUCUUCCAAACUGGGAAAACCACAUGGAUUUCGAGGAGGCUUUCUAUUUUUGUUUUAUCACCUUGACAACAAUUGGGUUUGGUGAUAUUCACUUGGAACAUCCCAACUUUUUCUUGUUUUUUUCCCUCUAUAUUGUCAUCGGUAUGGAAAUAGUCAUCAUUGCUUUUAAGCUGGGACAAGACCGAUUGAUUGGCUUGUACAAAAAGGUGAUUUCAUAUGUUAGUAAGAAGACGUCACCACAGUAUGAGAAGUAUCCGCGUAAAAAAUAGCCAUCAUUUCUCCCGGUCACAUUCAUUGGCGAUUGCAAUCAGAUGAAAUUGUUAGUGCGUUUUCUUCUCUCUGCUUUAUGGAAGGCUUAGAGGGGGCCAUAUUUCCCCCUCAUUUACAUGAGCUCCACUUGUUCUGAAAUCAGUAGGAACAUGCUGUAAACUGGUGGAAGGCCUCAGGAGAAAAUAGACAGGUGCAGUCAGCAAAGGUUUUCCUCAAGGGAUAAUAUUUAUAACCAGAAAAAUAAAAAAAACCCACAACUAACAUUUAAAAAACCCUCCCUGAGCCGGGAGUCAGCUCAGUCUUAUAAGCCCUGGUAGUGGAGGUCUGUCUACACACAGCAGUCUCUCCUCUCUGCCGCCCAAAGUGUUAAAUUAUGGUUCUUCCCCACAGCACCUGCAGAAGCACAGCUAAGGCUGACCUCUUGUUCGCCAAGACCAGACAGUGGCCCUGUCCCCUGUUACACACAUACCCACUUUUCAAUGGCGGAACUUGGCCUGAGAUAAUUAAACAUAAUUAAGGUAUGCACCCAACUAGCUGUUCAUUCAUGAUAUUAACACAUCUAAGUUUCUUAAUGGUCA